CAGGAAAUGUUCCUAUCUGACAGAGUCACACACUUCUCUUUACUGAACAUGGUGUUUGUUAGCACGUGGCAAAUAGCUUUUACAUAGUGAGGACUGUGAUAACCCCCUCACACCUUCCAGGAAACAAAAUCUGUCCUCAUCACAGACCUGCAUCAAACAGCUUAGCGGGCUUCAGAGGAGAGCAAGAUGAGGGUGAGGGCUCUGUGGAUGGUGGUGAUGGUGUGCUUCAGUGAUGGAGAAGGCACAGAAUGCUUAGGUGGCCCCGUCAUCUCAGUGACCGAAUCCAGUAAAGUGAUGGUUCCAUGUCCACGUAUCCAAGCCUCAGAGAUGAAAUAUCAGUUCAUCUUCAAUGAAAAACCCAUCAGUAAAGUCUGCCUGAAUAAGAACCAUACUGCACAGUUUGAAGUCACAGUGAGUGAGAGUGGGAUGUACUCCUGCAUCACUGAGAAGAUUUAUCCUCCACCAUACAAACAGAGCUGUCAGAGAAUCCAAGUCAAUGUGACUGAUGGGAAGACUUUCAACGACAGCAUCAUACCUGUUAAGGACUGUCCAUGCAAUCCUCCGUUAAUCCCAGAGGUGGUGAUGUGGGCGGGAUCUUGUGCUUUAUUGGUCUACAGCCUGACAAUCACCUGCAUAACCAUUGCUAUAUGGAAAAAGCAGAAGAAAGAAGAGAUGGAUAGUGUUGUGUAUGAAAACACCAGACCCAGAGACUUCAGGAAAUCUCCCAAACUUUAACUGCUGCUUAUGGCAAUCAUCCAUAAAUAUCAUGAGUAUUAAACCUAGGAAUGCUGCCAACACCUUUUAGUACAAGUCAGAA